CAGGAUUGCCCAGGCAGGCAGGCGGAGGCAUUGGAGCGCCCUUCUCCCGGUGGGAAUGUUAGACGGCAAGAGGCUCACGGAGGGACUGUGCAGACUUCGCUUAAACUCCGCGCUAUGUCUUAAAAAUCGGGGUCUCCGGGGCUGGAGGCAGGCAUCAUGAGCACCACCUCCGAAGUCAAGAAGCCACCGGUGGCCCCCAAACCAAAAUUUGUGAUAGGACACAAAGUAGGCCCACCUCCUGUGGCACCCAAGCCAGAUGUUGUCCUUGCAGAUGUUUUACAAGCCACAAAGAAAACAAAGCCAGCAAUUGCACCCAAACCAAAAGUUUUGAAAUGCUCAUCUGCUCCUGAGACUAAAGCUGCACCCUCAUCUUUAAGAAACAAUUCAAAAAGUUUAGAAGAACACAAAAGAGACUCUUCUGAAUACUUGGUUCAUUUGAAUUACAAAAACGGAGCCCCAAGAGACAACACUGCUUAUAUUAUAUCCGUGUGUUCGUGCAAUUUUGAAUGCAUCCAUAAAUUGGGGAAUGGAGGAACUAUAUGCAAAAAUCCAUCCAUUUUUGAACAGUUGGAAAACUUAGAGAAUAUUGAUAUAGGAGAACCACUAUCAUCUUUGAAACCUAGGAUAAUACUUGAUAGUCAUAAUGAAAAGAAUAUAAAUAAAAAUAGGGUUGUCUUGAAGGCUAAUCUACUGGAGGAGAAACUCAAAGACGUGUUAACACAAAGUGUUUUUCCUAAUUGCAGCCAUUUGAGGCAAAAGCCAUUGAGUAAACUUGAAAAGGGCAAUGUUAAUUCUCAUAACAGUGAUGUUAAAAUAGAAUUUACAGACCUUGUCCCACCAUCUGAAGAUGUUGCAGUCAACACAAAUAAUAUAAAUUUAGAUGGUGUUGAACCUGAAAUGUGUCAAGUGCUGCCUUUGGGGGAAAACAUGAAUGGAUGCUUCUCCUUGCCUGAUCCUUCAACUUCAAACACUAGUGAUUUGCAGACAAGCAAUGACAUUUUAGCUUCAUUUGGAACAAGUCCUGCUCCAUCUGUGAAAUCUCUCCCAGUUCCAAAACCCAGAAAGCUACGUACUCCAUGUCUGGUCCGCCAAGAUGGCAUGGAUAUCCCAGGAGAGAAAAUAAAAGAAACCAUUGUUUUGGAAAAUGGUUCUUCUGAACUUUCCAGGUGUGCUGUUAAGAAGACCCCAAAAGUAAGUGUUCUUGCUCAAAGUGUUUCUUAUAACAACCAAGAGCCUAUGUUUUUGGGCAAUAAAUCUGAAAUUGCUCUAGGCCUUGCUGGAAAAAUGCUUCCAACAAGUAAACCUGGUGAUUCCAAAGAGCUAAACCCAGAAAAACUCUCGCCUAAGAUUCUACAUAAAACUUCUUACCUGGUAGAAAAUAUUGAGCAUUCUUUGGAUCCUUACUCAACAAAUCCUUCUGAAAAUAUAAUGAAUGGAGAUAAUAGCAUGUUGGCUGCUCAUGACAAAAAUACUGACUUUGUGAGGUGUAGUAAUCUUUCUAUGAGCUUGCCUAAACAACUCAAAUUAUCAUUCAGUCAGCAUUUGCCUGCCUUUGAGAGCCUUGAUGGUUCUGCACAAAAGAAGGAAGAUAAAGACGCUCACGUAAAAGGUGAAAGUUCACCCAAAACUGUUCCUAAAAAACCUCAAAGGCAUAGCAUCCCUGCAGCUGGACUGCUGAAAAAAGCUGCUUCUGAGGAACUGCUGGAGAGAAGUACUUAUGGGGAAGGACAUUCAGAGACUCCGCCGGAAGGAUCUCGUAUCAGGCAUUUGUCAGCCAAAGAACAACGUUCACUGCUAUCCUGUGAUGCACCAAAACCAGCUUUGGAAAAACCUGUUUGGAAAUUACCUCACCCUAUUCUUCCGUUUCCAAUCAAUCCAGAAGCCUUAAAAAACACUAAGAAUGCAAAAAACUCUGAGCAUACAAGUGCUGUGACAAAGCCUCGGGCCAAAUCCCUGUCAUCUGUAGAUAUGGACAGAAUACAUAAACCCCCCAAAGAUCCUCAAAAGAAAAACACACUGAAAAAAUUCCUAAACAUGAAGCUUUCUAUAUCUAUAAUGAAAACUGACUUCCAUAAAUUUCUGACUAAGAGUAGCCAACCUGUAGAUAAUUCCACUGUUGCUUUCUCUAGCCAGGAAGAACCUGGAAAAAACCAGAAUGUGACUAGAAUGACAAACGGAAGGAAAAUGAAAUCUCCCAAAGUACAUUCUGCAGAAAUGGGUAGCCUAGCUUCAGAAAAGGGAAAACAAAAGCCCAGUGGUCAGAAUGACACCACAAGCUGUCAACGCUCAAAGUCAUUCGAUGAACAGGUCAUUGCAUCCCAAGGACAUUUGAAUUCUCUUGCAAAUGACUACAUACCAGAAUAUGAAAAUAUGAGCCAUUACGAAGAAAUCCCAGAAUAUGAAAACUUGCCUUUUGUAGCCAUUGAUAAGAAUCCAUGUUUUAAAUGGCAGCGUUCUAACACUGCUGAAGACCAGGAUGCUGAUUUAUAUGAAGCGCAGGACCUGUAUGAACCCACAAGGAACUGCUCAGAGUUCAGGAGGUCUUCAGCAGAAGAACUUGAUGGUUCUGAUUUGGUACUGGAAGAUGUACAUUCAGAUGAUGAUUUGAUGCUGAGAGAUAUCAACAGCUCUGAUGAAGAUGCUGAUACCAAUUCAGAUUCCAGCAAAGGGGAGCUUGAUAUGCAAGAAAACAAGCAGAUUAAAGCUGCUGGGAAGAAAACAAAAGUUUAUCAUAUUGCUAAAGAAAUCAUGAGUUCAGAAAAAGUGUUUGUGGAUGUGCUAAAGCUUUUACACAUUGAUUUCCGGGAUGCGGUGGCACAUGCUUCUAGGCAGCUUGGAAAGCCAAUAAUUGAAGACAGGAUCCUGAAUCAGAUCCUGACCUACCUACCUCAACUAUAUGAGCUCAAUCGAGAUCUCUUGAGAGAACUAGAAGAACGUCUGUCUCACUGGGUUGACCAUCAGAGAAUUGCUGAUAUAUUUGUGAAAAAAGGACCUUAUUUAAAGAUGUAUUCAACGUACAUCAAAGAAUUUGAAAGGAAUAUCACCCUCUUAGAGGAGCAGUGCAAGAAGAACCCAGGAUUUGCUGCUGUCGUUCGAGAUUUUGAGAUGAGCCCCCGAUGUGCCCAUCUAGCACUUAAGCACUACUUGCUGAAGCCGGUCCAGAGGAUCCCCCAGUACAGACUGCUUUUGACAGAUUAUUUGAAAAAUCUUUUGGAAGAUUCAGCAGAUUUCAGAGACACACAAGGUGCUCUUGCUAUUGUCAUAGAGGUGGCUAAUCAUGCCAAUGACAUUAUGAAACAGGGUGAUAACUUUCAGAAGCUUAUGCAAAUACAGUACAGUUUAAAUGGCCACCAUGAGAUUGUGCAGCCAGGAAGGGUUUUCUUAAAAGAAGGAACAUUGAUGAAGCUGUCCAGGAAAGUUAUGCAACCACGAAUGUUCUUUUUGUUUAAUGAUGCUCUCCUGUAUACAACUCCUGUACAGUCUGGAAUGUAUAAACUCAACAAUAUGCUGUCACUGGCGGGAAUGAAAGUUAGAAAACCAACCCACGAAGCUUACCAGAAUGAACUUAAUAUUGAAAGUGUAGAACGGUCCUUUAUUCUGUCUGCAAAUUCUGCUACAGAAAGAGAUGAAUGGUUAGAAGCUAUCUCUAAAGCAAUUGAAGAAUAUACAAAGAAAAGAAUUACUUUUAACCCUAGCAAAAGUCUGGAAGAGUCAGAUCCAGAGAAAGAUCAAGAAGAUAGUCCUGUAGGAUCAAAGGCUCCAAUCUGGAUUCCUGAUACAAGAGCUACUAUGUGUAUGAUUUGUACUAGUGAGUUCACGCUGACAUGGAGAAGACACCACUGCAGAGCAUGCGGGAAGGUAAUCUGCCAAGCUUGUUCCUCAAAUAAACAUAGAUUAGACUAUAUGAAAAAUCAUCCUGCACGAGUAUGUGAUCAUUGCUUUAAAGAGCUGCAAAAGCAGGAUCAUUUCUGCACAACUCCUAAAAAUGGUUCUCCAGUAAACCACAAAUCUCCAUCUAAUGCCUUAUCCACAGUGUUGCAUAGCAUCCCUUCAGGAAGAAAGCAGAAAAAGAUUCCAGCUGCUCUCAAGGAAGUAUCUGCCAGUAUAGAAGAUUCUUCAAUGAGCGGCUAUUUGUACAGAUCAAAGGGUAGCAAAAAGCCAUGGAAACACCUGUGGUUUGUGAUAAAAAAUAAGGUGCUAUACACAUAUGCUGCUAGUGAGGAUGUAGCUGCUUUGGAGAGCCAGCCUUUAUUGGGAUUUACAGUUGCUGAAGUCAAAGAUGAACACUUAGAUUCUAAAGUUUUCCACCUGAUGCACAAAAAUACUUUGUUUUACAUAUUCAAAGCAGAUGAUCCCCAGUCAACGCAAAAGUGGAUAGAAGCUUUUCAAGAAGCCACAAUAUUGUAACUUGGGUGACGGUGAUCUUCGUCUAAAGAAAAAAUGUCAAAUGACACAAGUUCAUAUUAUAGGAGAUUCAGUGAAUUUUGUAAACAUGAACCAAUACAGUCCUUGCUUAUACAUUGGAGUUAGGAGACCUUGCCUCUUUUGUUCAGGCACAGUAAUUUUAAAAGUAAUGUGUAUACUUGUCUUUUGUCAUACAAAAGGUGUUAUUUAUUAAACUCUGCCACUGUUUUA